GAACCCCCUCAGUGUGCCUGACUGAGGCCUGUGUCUCAGUGACCAGUUCCAUCUUGAGCUCCAUGGACCCCUCGGUGGACCCCUGCCAGGACUUCUUUAGCUACGCCUGUGGUGGCUGGAUUAAAACCAACCCUGUGCCUGAUGGCCACUCACGCUGGGGGACCUUCAGCAAUCUCUGGGAACGCAACCAAGCCAUCAUCAAGCACCUCCUCGAAAACUCCACGGCCAGCGUGAGUGAGGCAGAGAGGAAGGCCCAAGUAUACUACCAUGCAUGUAUGAACGAAACCAGGAUCGAGGCCCUCAGGGCCAAGCCCCUGAUGGAAGUGAUUGAGAAGCUCGGGGGCUGGAACAUCACAGGUCCCUGGGCCAAGGACAACUUCCAGGACACCCUGCAGGUAGUCACCGCCCACUACCGCAUCUCGCCCUUCUUCUCUGUCUAUGUCAGUGCCGACUCCAAGAACUCCAACAGCAACGUGAUCCAGGUGGACCAGUCUGGCCUGGGCUUACCUUCAAGAGACUAUUACCUGAACAAAACUGAAAAUGAGAAGGUGCUGACUGGAUACCUGAACUACAUGGUGCAGCUGGGGAAGCUGCUGGGCGGGGGGGACGAGGACUCCAUCCGGCCCCAGAUGCAGCAGAUCCUGGACUUUGAGACAGCGCUGGCCAACAUCACCAUCCCCCAGGAGAAGCGCCGGGAUGAGGAGCUCAUCUACCACAAAGUGUCAGCGGCCGAGCUGCAGACCUUGGCACCUGCCAUCAACUGGUUGCCCUUUCUCAACACCAUCUUCUACCCCGUGGAGAUCAAUGAAUCCGAGCCUAUUGUCGUCUAUGACAAAGAGUACCUGGAGCAGGUCUCCACUCUCAUCAACAAAACUGACAAAUGCCUGCUCAACAACUACAUGAUCUGGAACCUAGUGCGGAAGACAAGUUCCUUCCUCGACCAGCGCUUUCAGGACGCAGACGAGAAGUUCAUGGAAGUCAUGUAUGGGACCAAGAAGACCUGUCUUCCUCGCUGGAAGUUUUGCGUGAGUGACACAGAAAACAACCUGGGCUUUGCCCUGGGCCCCAUGUUCGUCAAAGCAACCUUCGCCGAGGACAGCAAGAACAUAGCCAGUGAGAUAAUCCUGGAGAUCAAGAAGGCAUUUGAGGAAAGCCUGAGCACUCUGAAGUGGAUGGAUGAAGACACCCGGAAAUCAGCCAAGGAAAAGGCGGAUGCCAUCUACAACAUGAUAGGCUACCCCAACUUUAUCAUGGACCCCAAGGAGCUGGACAAAGUGUUCAAUGACUACACCGCCGUUCCAGACCUCUACUUUGAGAACGCCAUGCGGUUUUUCAACUUCUCGUGGAGGGUCACUGCUGACCAGCUCAGGAAAGCCCCCAACAGAGACCAGUGGAGCAUGACCCCGCCCAUGGUGAACGCUUACUACUCGCCCACCAAGAAUGAGAUUGUGUUUCCGGCUGGGAUCCUGCAGGCACCAUUCUACACCCGCUCCUCACCCAAGGCCUUAAACUUUGGUGGCAUUGGUGUCGUCGUGGGCCAUGAGCUGACUCAUGCUUUUGAUGAUCAAGGGCGGGAAUAUGACAAGGAUGGGAACCUCCGGCCCUGGUGGAAGAACUCGUCCGUGGAGGCCUUCAAGCAGCAGACCGAGUGCAUGGUGGAGCAGUACAGCAACUACAGCGUCAACGGGGAGCCCGUGAAUGGCCGGCACACCCUCGGGGAGAACAUCGCCGACAACGGGGGCCUCAAGGCGGCCUAUCGGGCUUACCAGAACUGGGUGAGGAAGAACGGACCUGAGCAAACCUUACCCACCCUGGGUCUCACCAAUAACCAGCUGUUCUUCCUGGGCUUUGCACAGGUCUGGUGCUCUGUCCGCACGCCCGAGAGCUCCCACGAAGGCCUCAUCACCGACCCCCACAGCCCCUCCCGCUUCCGGGUCAUUGGCUCCCUGUCCAAUUCCAAGGCGUUCUCAGAACACUUCAGCUGCCCGCCUGGCUCACCCAUGAACCCUCCUCACAAAUGUGAAGUCUGGUAAGGGGCGAAGCACAGAGAGCCAAGACAGAGGAGGGGAAGGGGCUGAGGACGAGCCCGAGGAGCCUGCCCGCUCCCUCCAGCCCUGGGGCAGGACCCAGCCCCCUGGUCCCCCACGGCCCCUCUUCCCCGCACUGGAGGGUUUUCCGCCGGAACCAAGCCUGUGAUGUAGGUUCUCAACAUAACCCAAGAUUCGAUCCCCUGUGAAGACCCCGACAUCCCAGGCACACGUGCGUCAACUGUAGCGGGCAUUUGGGAGUCAGGCUGGUGGUUCACUGGACCUGGGCCCCACACCAACAAGGGUGGAGGGACACAGCCCCCCACCCACAUCCAGCACCAGAUAUACCACAAAUACCACUGUGUCAAAUGCUUUAAAGAUAUAUUUUUGGGGAAACUAUUUUUUAAAACAUUGUGGAAUACACUGGAAAUCUUCAGGGAAAAAAUGCAUUUAAAACACCUUUUUUUUUUUUAAGGAGA